AUGAGAUAUUUUUAUAUAAGGCAAUAUCCUUUUAGCCAAUUUUAGAAUAGAGAAAUAAAAUCAAUUGACGAUAAGAUGUUCAAGAGGAAAAUGCUAAUGAGUAAGUUACUGCUUUGGCAUUAAAUGAAAUAACCAAUUAAUUAUUUGUAGGAUAUAUAACGGAGAUAUCUCAACAAAUUAAUAUUCAACAAAUUCUUGGGGAAAAAAGGUUUAAUAAAGAGCCCAUUGUAAUUUAUAAUUUUUCUAACAUAGAUUUAUUUUCAAGUGGAGAUGAUGAUAUCAUUAAAAUCUAUUACUGUUCACAAGAUAUAGUUGCUAGUAAAAAAGUGAAAUUAUAAAGGGAAGUUUUUUAAAUAGAUAAAGAAACUGAUUAAUUAUUUUUGAUCAUAGCUGGAUAGUUACAUAUUUAUAAAAACUCUAACGAAAUCCUGAAUUAUAAUCGAUAUCUUUAUAAAAUAAGAAAAAGUAACUGGUAUGGCGAUAGGGAGUAAAAAAAUAUAUUUAGGAUCUAAUGA